UAGAAACGAACUCCAUUAAUAUCUUAAUUUUAAGAUAAUUUGUGAAAUGUUGGAAAAAUGGAAACAUGUGUAAUGUCUGAUUUCGAAAAAGUUUGUCGUAUUUGUAUGAAAUUUGAUAAAACAUUACUAUCAAUUACUUCAUUUAAAAUAAUUGAUAUGAUAAUAGCAUGUGCUUCUGUACAAAUCUGGGAAAAUGAUGAUUUACCAAAUCAAAUAUGCCACGCUUGUUUUUUACAAUUACAAAAUACCAUUAAUUUUAAACAAUUAUGUGAAAACUCAGACAAUGCAUUUCGUCAAAUUAUCCAGCAGAAUAAAAUCAAUUUAUCGAAUAAAGUAAAAGAUGAAGAGUUAGAAGACUAUGCUCAAGAUAAUUCUCCAUUAGAUAUUAAAGAAGAAGAUGAUAUUUCUGAGAAUGUCACAAAUGAAAAUAUUUUGGAAAAUGAAAAAAAUAAAAUCGGUCACAAUGAUGGGGAGUCUAAAAAAUUAGAACAAAAGAAUGUGUUAGAAAUUAAAAAUAAAGAAAAACUAGAAUCGAAUAAAAUGCAAAUGGGAACUAAAUCCGAAGAAGAAAGUGAUACAUGUGAAGAUAUUAAAAACGAUGACAAUGUCACGGAAACGUUUUCUUGUGAGAAGUGUAAUAGAGAAUUUAAAAAAUUAUGGGUAUUGGGCAAACAUAUGCAUCGUAAACACAAAGCCAAGGUACUAAAAUGUAAUAAAUGUGAAUUAGAAUUUUACCAUCCAUUACAUUUAAAGAAGCACGACGAAUUAAUUCAUAAUAAGAUAGAAAAACAUGUAGCAUGUCAUAUUUGCGGGAGAUCAGUACUGAAAAAUAGCCUUAAAAAACAUUUAUUAACUCACAAAGACCGUGAUAAACUUACAUGCGAAUUCUGUCCAAAAACAUUCGUACAUCAGGCAUCGUUAAAAAUUCAUAUUAAACAAGUCCAUGAGAAUCAAAUACCUGAACGUAAACAUUUAUGUAAUGUUUGUGGUCAUGCGUCACGAACAUCGAAUGGAUUACGUAGACAUUUGUUAAUCCAUUCAAAUGAAAGACCGUACGCGUGCGAACAUUGUGAUAAAACAUAUCGACGUCCAGACCAUUUAAGGGAUCAUGUAUCGCACGUACAUUUAAACGAACAAAAGUUUCAAUUCACAUGCGAAUUUUGUUCAAAAACUUUCAUGCAUCAGAAAUCGUUAAAAAAUCAUAUUAAAUUAGUACAUGAGAAUCAAUUACCAGAACGUAAGCAUUUAUGUAAUAUUUGUGGACAUGCGGCACGUUCCGCACAUGCAUUACGUAAGCAUUUAGUGAUACAUUCCAACGAACGACCGUACGCGUGUGAUCAUUGUGAUAAAACGUAUCGGCGUGCAGAUCAUUUAAAACAACAUAUCUCACACGCUCAUUUAAAUCAACGAAAGUUUCAGUGUACAUUUUGUUCACAAGCUUUUCAUGCAAAAAGAACUUUAGUGCAUCAUGUACGACGUCAUACCGGUGAAAAACCACAUAAAUGUGAAGUGUGUGGUAAAGGAUUUGUGCAAAAAGUUGCAUUGCAAAUUCAUUCGAAAAUACAUACAAACUCAAAAGAAAAUCUUUCGCAAAACUAGGUUUAGAUGAGGUAUUUAAUGGUGAAUGACAUAUGACUUAAGUAUUAUGUAAUUAUGAUAUUACAUAAUAGAGAUGUCGCUGCCAACUAGAUUAAUUAAUCGUUCAAAUAACAUCGUAUCCUGUUUACUAACGGACACCGUUAAAUUAGCGGCCUGAAUGAUAUUUAGCCAUUCAAUCAAACAAUUAGGCAAUUGACUUGGUUUAGAAAAAGGCUAGGCUUUUAAUUGAAUGGCUAAUUGACAAGUUGAAUGCGACAGAACUA